ACCGGAGUUGAGCCAAAAAGUAAAACAACACCCAAUUCGAUUCUAAAAAGCUGAGAUCAUUUUGUAAAUUCUACGAUUGCAAUUGUGGUAACCUGAAUCACCAAAGCAAUCGGCUGUGCCAUUCCAUGUCACACAAGGCUCUGGACUCGCGCCAUUCAAUAGGCUCCUGCACUUUCCUCCUACAUUCAUGGAGACCUUUCAACCUCGACUCCUCCUCCUCCGAUCUCCCAAAACGCUCCUCCACUAGUGGUUUCCUUUCCAAGCGUCCUUGCCUUUCCGAUCGAACCACUUCUUUCUCCAUCGACCUCUCCAAACUAACCCUCCACGACGACAACAACCCAAUCGGAGCCAACCCCAAAAGAAGUAGCUUCAAGCUGUUCGCAAGAAAACGCCGCCGCCGUGGAUCUAAGUCGGUAUCGGGUCGGAGUUCAGAUCGAAGCGGGACUCGAAGGUGUUGUUCCGUGGGGGCGUCGGCGGCGUACGGGACAUGCUCUGAUUUUCCGAUGGCAAUUGGGACGGACUCGAGUGGGGAGCAGUUUGGGAAUGUUGGAGAUGCAUAUUGGACAUCGGAUGUAAGCGAGGCCCGGAAUCCCAGACGAGAAAGAGGGGAUAAUGGGAGUGGAGAGAAGGAGAGUUUAGGCGGCGUUGGGGCGCAACUUGGGUGCUUUGAUGCCCGGGGGAAUGAAUCUGGGUAUGGGAGUGAGCCUGGGUAUCGUGGGGAUGGGGAGUUUGGGUAUGGGGAUGGGGUUGAUGAGGAAGAAGAGGACACUCCCUUGUUGUUUUGUGGAGAUCAUUUUGGAGUUGCACCAGAUACUAAAAUGGAGAUUGUUUGGGAGAACACGUUCUCUGAUCAGAAAGUUCAUCAUAGAUGCCGUCGCAAAAAGAAUGAUUAUAGAAUGGUUGAUUCCCCAAGGUAAAUUGAUUUAAUCCAGUUAUUGAAUAAUGACAUACUCCCUUAUAUUAGUUUGAUCAUAGUUUAUACAUCCUGAAGGAUUUGUUAGCUUCUCGAUUGCUGCAUAAGAGUAAUUAUAAUGCAUCAAUAACCUUAGAGACCUUGAGUUGUCGAAGAAGAGUGGUGACAUUGUGCAGAGAUGCUUUUAUAGAUUAAAGCGUUAAGAGAAAUUGGAUAUUAACUAACAUUGUAUCGUGUUUGUGGUAAGAAAGUAAUGUGAAAUGUACUAAUACAAAAUCAAGUUUUGUUCUCAACUUGUGAUGUUCCUUUUCU